UUGUAAAUACGAUUAGACGGUAUAUUUCACGAAAUAUUUGCUCUACGUCUGAAUUUUUCCGUAGUGAAGAAACAAGUACCGUUUUUAUGUGGAAGAUCAACGACAAUGUAGUUAAGUAUAUGGUAUGAUAGCCUAUAUUUCGCGGUGAUCGUUUGCUCCGCCAGUCACCUUACAGAUCGGAGCGUCUUUUUUUGCGCGCCUCCGCGCACAGGAUGCGCGUCGCCGCUUUCAGGCGGGGGUCUCAAACACUGCAGUGCAUGGUUACGGGUCUGCAUGCAGAAGGUGAACUGACGCUGCCGGGCGAACCUCCUCCUCCGAAAUGAGCUCAUUCGCAGGCCGUAUGAGAGAGUACCCCACCAUCUCCCUGGACCGCUUUGACAAGGAGAACCUGCACGCCAGGGCGUAUUUUUUAUCGCAUUGUCAUAAAGAUCAUAUGAAGGGUCUCAAGGGACCUUUACUGAAAAGAAAGUUAAAAUUUAGUUUAACAGUGAAGCUGUACUGUUCUCCUGUAUCUAAGGAACUUUUGCUGAGUAAUCCCAAAUAUCUAUUCUGGGAGAAACACGUUGUUGCCCUCGAACUGGAAAGUCCGACUCAGAUCUCGCUGGUUGAUGAAAUCUCCGGAGAGAAAGAGGAUGUGAUGGUGACCCUGCUUCCAGCAGGGCAUUGCCCCGGCUCCGUCAUGUUCCUCGUGGAGGGUGACCGAGGCACGGUGUUGUACACAGGGGACUUCCGGCUGGCUGUGGGCGAGGUGUCCAGGAUGGAGUUCCUGCACUCUGGCAGCAGGGUGAAAGACGUCCGGACUGUUUAUCUGGAUACAACUUUCUGUGAUCCCAAGUACUUCCAAAUACCAAGCAGGGAGGACUGCUUGGAUGGCAUUAAGGAGUUAGUGAGGUCAUGGAUGUCUAUCAGCACUUACCAUGUGAUUUGGCUUAACUGCAAGGCAGCCUACGGCUAUGAAUACCUGUUCACCCACCUCAGCGAGGAAUUUGGAUGUCAGGUCCAUGUGAAUAACCUGGAGAUGUUCAGGAAAAUGCCGGAUAUCCUGUGUCACGUGACCACCAACCGAGCCACACAGAUCCACGCGUGUAGGCACCCCACGGAUGAAGAGUUCUUCAGAACCAGUCGCCUGCCAUGUGGGAUGACGGCCCCGGACGGCACCCCCCUGCACAUCGUCAGCGUCAAGCCCUCCACCAUCUGGUUUGGUGAGAGGUCCAGGAGGACCAGCGUGGUUGUGAAGUAUGGCAGAUGUGCUCCCAGGAUUCCCUGCAUCCCUCACGGUUGCUCGUUGACUAUAACAGGGAGAAGCUCCUACAGAGCCUGUUUUUCCUUCCAUUCAUCUUAUUCAGAGCUCAUUGAUUUUCUCUCGCACGUGUGCCCUAUCAAUAUCCACCCAAAUGUCAUCCCUGUGGGCAGAACUGUACAGGAAGUUAAAGACAUAUUAAAACCCAUGUGUCGGGAAUAUUCCGGAAGGACGGGGAUUAUCUACAAGCCACUCGGCAUUCUGAAGAGAGCAAGAGUGGACUAUACAGUGGAAGAUCCCGACAGUGACAGCGAGCUGUUUGAUGAUGAAGAGCUUAUGCCUUGGAGGAGGAAAUUCCCACGGACGUUUCAGCUCCUGCCUCUUGAAGCCCCAGACCCAGAGGGGGCUCCCCGCUUCGCAGGGGGCCAGCCUGACAUGCAGGAAGACCAGACACCCGUCCGUCAGACAGGGAACUACAUGGACUGCACCGAAUCUAAUGACGAUGAUGAUGACGAGCAGGAAGAGGAGGAGUUUCUGGAUCCUGCGGGUCCCAAGGGGGCGGGGCGAGAGUCGCCCAGGUGGGAGGCGUUCUUCACAGCCGAGCCGGUGAUGACGGACGAGAGCUCGGAGCCUGAGGGUAGCCAGAACAGCCGGACGCACCCAGCGGGGGAGGCGGGCUCUCUGUCGCCGAAGCUGUUCAGCGACUCAGAUGACGACUCUCCACUUGACCCCGCCCACGACUCCACCCAUAACCCCGCCCAGUCCAUCCCUGCAUCUGAUCCCAGAUCUGAAGCCGGGGGCCAGGACUCAGUGACGGAGCAGUAAGGAGCUUCACACCUGGACCACCCACUCCCCCUUGCUGCUAUUAAAGCAGCGCAGCACAAAAGCAGAGAUGCUCAGAAUUGUCAGAAUAUGGUAAGAACUGGACACUGACGGCAAAUUGCAGGAUGAAAGCGUUUGAUAUCCGAUUCACUGGGGCACAAAUGCAAACCACUGACAGACAUACUGACUGUUUGUUUUUAUCAUACCUCAUUUAUUUUACAGUGGCUGAAUAUAAUUAAACUAUUCAUAAAGAUGCUUAAUAAAGAUGCUUAAUCUUGUGAAGGGUACCAAAGCAGGCUUUUUGUAUCCAUUUUCCAAACAUUAAUAUAUUUUCAGAACAGAAAUAUGUCACAUAUUUGCCUUCUCACUGGUCUCUGUAACCUUUCGUUAUUCAUUAUUUUGCAGAUUCUGUGUCAUUCUCUGCUCUCAUUCCACAGGCUACUGUGUUUGUUUGUUUGUUUCUAUUUUUACUUCCUUCAAAUAAACUUCUUUUCAAAA